AUGAAAUUUAUUAUUUUUAUUUUAUUAUUAAUCUUAUCUCAAAAUAAUGUUGUAGCAGAAAAUUUAUAUUCACAAGAUAAAAUACAAAGAAUUGUUGAAGGACCCGUUAAUACUACUGCCUAUGUUGGUGAUACAGUUAUUUUAAAAUGUCAUGUUGAAAAUCAAGAGGGAACAGUUCAAUGGCUUCUUGAAGGUUUUGGUUUAGGAACAGAAAGAGAUCUUCCAAUGUUUUCACAAUUUAGAAUGGUUGGAAGUCCAAUAAAAGGAGAAUAUGAUUUGGAGAUAACAAAUGUUACAGGAUGGGAUGAUGGUUUUUAUGAAUGUCAAGUUACAUCAUCAAAAAAUAAUAAUAAUUUUGAAAAAACUAAACCAGCUUAUUUAGAAGUUCUUAAAUUACCAGAAGAUUAUGGAAUUUUUGAUAAACAAAGUCAUGGAAAAAAACACAAGAAUGGUGAUUUUAUUUUUGCAAAAGAAGGUGUUCCAAUAGAAGAAAUAUGUUUUGUAUCAAAAACUCAUCCAACACCUAAAAUAUAUUGGGCAAUAACAAAAUCUGGUACAUUAGAUAAUAUUCUUUCAUGGAUUGGUGAUGAUAUACCAGAUGUUAUAUAUGAUAAAUAUUUUAGAAAUUCAUCUUUACCAAUACAAUCUGGUCAAAUACACAAAAAUUCAACAUUUAAUUCUAAAAAAGAUUUUACUAUUUAUAGUAAAGUUAAUACAAUGAUUGAUCCAAAAUUUGAUAAUAUGAAAUUAACAUGUAUUAUUAUUCAUCCAGCAUUUAAUGAUCCACAAUUAUCAUCAGUUACAAUAAAUAUUUUAUAUAAACCACAAGUACAGGUUACAAUUGAUAGUGAUAAUGAUACUUUAAAACAAGGUGAUGAAGUUAGACUUAUAUGUAAUGUUAAUUCAAAACCAGAACAUAGUGGUAAAUAUACAUGGUAUCAUAAUAAUGAACUUCUUAAAAAAGCAACAAAAAAAGUUUUAUAUAUUGAACAUCUAAUACCAGAUGAUCAUAAUUCACGUUUUACAUGUCGUGUAAAUAAUGCAUUAGGAUCUGGUUCUAAUACAAUAUUAUUAAAUGUUAAAUAUGAACCUAAAUUUAUAAGUUCAUCACAGGUAAAAAUUGUUAAUCAAAAUGAAAUGGCAGAAUUUUAUUGUGAAACACAUGGUAAUCCAAAACCUAGAAUAUAUUGGAGAAAAUCUGGUGAUGAACAAAUAAUACAUGAAGGUUCAAAUUUUACAAUUAAAAAUGUACAAAAAUGGCAAACAGGUGAAUAUGAGUGUGUAGCUACAAAUAAUGAUUUUAAACCAGUAAUACUUUCACAUAAUUUAUUUAUUGAAGGUGAUCUUCAAGUACGUGCAAAUGAUACAGUAUUUGUUAAUCAUGAAUCAAUAGCAACAUUAUCAUGUGAAUUUCAUGGAUAUCCAAAACCUGGUGAUAUUAUAUGGACAUUUAAUGGUGAAAAUAUUAUCACUGGUAGACCAAGUAAAAGAUUUAAUGUUAUUCAGAUUGAAAAAAAUUAUGGUGUUGAUAGUAAAUUAAUUAUUUAUGAUGUUGAAAGUAAAGAUAUAGGUAAUUAUAAUUGUACUGCUUCAACAAUAUAUACAACUGUAACAGCAACUAUAUCAUUACGUUCAUAUACUUUUAUGUAUAAAAUAUCAGGAUUAAUUAAAAAAAUUGAUUUCAAUUUAUUAAUAACACUAUUAUUUAUCAUAAUUUGUGCAACUGUUUUAAUAAUUAUAUUUGGAUUAUUAUAUUGUUUAUAUAUUAAUAAAUAUAGAAAAAAGAAAACAGUAUAUCGAUUAAGAAAUAAAAAACAUGUUGGUGAUAUACAAGUUGAGUGUGCUGCAGUUGAUGAUAUUAAUUUUGCUUCUGUAGAAUUAUUACGUAAUGAAAGAACAAAUUCACUUGGUGCAUUAACAUAUAAUAAAGUAUAUGAGUCAAUAAAUCAAAAUAAUCCAGAUUUAGAUUUUAAUGACAGUUAUGGACAAGGAUCAUAUCAAUCUGGUUAUCCAGUAACAUUUAUUACAACAGAUACUAAUUCAAGUCAGGCUACAACUAUUCUUAGAUAUGAUGGUAAUAAUUAUGGUAAUAAUACAACAACAUUUUGUAGUAAUGAUAGAAAUGAAUUUAUGAAUAUGGAACCCUUAAGAGAAAUUGUAACACCUGAUAAUGAAAGUGGUACACCAUUAUUAAUUGAUUGUGUUAAUAAUAAUAAUAAUAAUAUAAAUCAAAGAGAUAGUCCUGUUAGUAGAAUAUCUACACAUGUUUAA